AUGAGCCUCUCCACAUCCCACGGCGCUCCCCGACCGUUGAUGAAGCAGCCCUCCCUGGCCCCGGGUUUCAAGAAGCCGAGCAGAUGGUACCUCCCUCUAAUGGGCGUCAUCGCUCUCGGCUUCGGCGUCGCCAACUACUACGAAACCCAAGGCCACCGCCAUCGAUACAACCUCGACGAAGAAGAACGCCUCCGCAAGAACCGCGCCCUCAUGGACGCCUACGGCGACAAAGAAACCGUGCAGGAUAUCGAGCGCGCCCUGGUGGUCUACGAUCUUUCGUGA